CCUUUGUUCGCUCCAACUGAUUACCAAACACUAAUAUACACGUAUAAUACAAUAUAAACAAAACAGCUACAACCAGGUGUCCCGAACACCUUUUUUUCACCGCUAACUCCACCUGCAUCAAACGACCCCGGUGUACAGAACGAGUGCACCCAUUGUGAAUCUUUUUAGCGGCUAAUACACAAUUAGCUGAGCGCGCUCGUACAGCCACGGUUUGCAGUUUAACUCGGAUAAACAGUGUGUUAAUAAUCAUUUAGGAGAACAUGAACAGUCGGCUGCAGGAGAUCCGAGAGCGGCAGAAACUCAGGCGGCAGCUGUUAGCUCAGCAGUUGGGAGCUGAAAGCGCAGACAGCAUUGGAGCUGUGCUAAACAGUAAAGAUGAACUGAAAGAGAUAGAGGAGACAAGAGAGACAUGCAGGUCAUCGUUUGAUAGUUUGGCAGCAUCUUCCAAAAGGAAGGCGCAGGUGGAGGGUGAGGACACGGAGGAGGAUGUGGAGGAACAAAAGGACGAGGUGGAAGUGCAGCAGCCGGAUGAAAGCAACCCGUACGAAGAGGUGUACAAGGACUCGAGUACUUUUCUAAAGGGUACCCAGAGUUUGAAUCCGCACAAUGAUUACUGCCAGCACUUUGUCGACACAGGACACAGGCCGCAAAACUUCAUCAGAGAUGUCGGCUUGGCUGACAGAUUUGAAGAAUACCCUAAACUUCGAGAGCUGAUCAGACUGAAGGACGAGCUCAUCUCCACCACCAACACACCUCCCAUGUAUCUCCAGGCCGACCCAGAGCACUUCGACCUGCAGGAUCUGAAGUGCAAGUUUGACGUAAUUCUGCUUGAGCCUCCCUUGGAAGAAUACUACAGAGAAUCAGGCAUCAGCCACACUGAACGUUUCUGGACCUGGGAUGAUAUCAUGAAGCUGGAAAUCGAGGAGAUAUCGGCUCUACGUUCGUUUGUGUUUCUCUGGUGUGGCUCUGGUGAAGGCCUGGACUUGGGGAGAAUGUGUUUGAGGAAGUGGGGCUUUCGGCGGUGUGAGGAUAUCUGUUGGAUCAAGACCAACAAAAAUAACCCAGGCAAGACCAAAGCACUCGACCCAAAAGCAGUAUUCCAGAGAACCAAGGAACACUGCCUGAUGGGAAUCAAAGGAACAGUGCGCCGGAGUACCGACGGCGACUUCAUCCACGCCAACGUGGACAUUGACUUGAUCAUCACCGAGGAGCCUGAGAUGGGAAAUGUGGAGAAGCCCGUGGAGAUCUUCCACAUCAUUGAGCAUUUCUGUUUGGGCCGCAGGAGGUUGCAUCUGUUUGGACGAGACUCAACCAUCAGACCAGGUUGGCUGACCGUGGGUCCUACUUUGACAAACAGUAACUUUAACCCAGAGGCCUACGCCUCACAUUUUUCUCUGCCCAACUCCCACCUAUCCGGCUGCACUGAAGAAAUUGAGAGGCUGCGGCCCAAAUCUCCCCCGGCUAAGCUGAAGUCUGACCGCGGUGGCGGAGCGCCCAGAGGUGGACGCGGUGGACCAAACGCAGGAAGAGGCGGAGACAGAGGCCGUGAAAGAAACCGACCAAAUUUCCGUGGGGACAGGGGAGGGUUCAGGGGAAGAGGAGGGCCACAUCGGGGCUUUCCACCUCGCUAGAGCAAAGAGCUUGUGGCUCGUGACACAAACAGAAACUAAUUGGUAAUGCAAAUUCUUGCAUUUUGGCACCCGAUGUUAACAGGUUACGAGCAGCCACCCAGCCUGCGUAAGCAGAACAUGUCACACAUGCCUUAUGAAUCUCCAAUUACAGCUUAAUCUAGAGAUUACGUGUCCUAUCUGCUGUUAGUCAUGUUGACAUCCUGCCAGCAGAAUGACACAGUUUACUUCAGUUUCAGUGUCUGUAUCUGUAAAAUAUGUCACAAAAAAGAAAAAAAAAAAGUUUUUUACUCAGAAUCUUGUGUAUUCUUUUCAAAUUAAAAGUCCCCUAAUGUUUCUUUGGACAAAAUCCCAUCAUCAAAGGCAAACUCAGUAUGAAGUGGCACAGCUAGAGGUAAGGCAGUGUGGCCCGAGCAGAAGUGUGAUCAAAUCUUUUAAAAUCUUUUCUGUUUUGUAUAAUUUUUUCAUGCAUUUACUUAAGACUGAAUAGAAAUUGUCUGAAUAAACAUUCUUUACACUUUU